AAAUUUUAAUAUUAAGUUUAACGAUGCAGCUCAAUAAAUCGCUCUCUCUCUCUCCUAAACACUGUUCUUCGCUCUCUCCGAAGUCCGACCUUCCUCCUCUCCGCUAGCUACAGAUCCGAAGCAACCCAGCUCGCUCCACCGCAUGCUCCAAGGUUAAUAUACAUUGCUUCGAUGGAUCCGCCGUCAAUGCCGUCGCUGGGACCGGAGGCAUGGACUUUCCCCAUGGUCGGAGGGCAGCCGGGCUUAGGGCCCCCGAUCCGGCGACCGGGCGGUAGGGCUUCGACGGGGGUUUCAAUGGACAACGCGAAAAGCGCCGGGAGUGUGAAAGGGAGAAGGAAGAGGAAGGAUUUGGCUUCGUCCGAGGACGACUCGUCCAAGUUUGUCUCCACCAGUGACGGCCAUGACUUGAUGGACCAUGAAGCUAAACGCCCUAACGGCAUGAGCACCGAAGAGAAUGGCAAUGCAAAAACUGAGGUGGAGCCAAGUUCAGGCAUGUGUGAUAAGAUAAAUGAUGAAAAUCCUCAACCUGCCGAACCGCAAAAGCAGGACUACAUCCAUGUGAGGGCCAGGAGGGGUCAAGCAACAGACAACCACAGCCUGGCUGAAAGAGCAAGGAGAGAGAAGAUAAGUGAGCGAAUGAAGAUUCUUCAGGAUUUGGUGCCAGGUUGUAAUAAGGUGAUUGGCAAAGCAUGUAUUCUGGAUGAGAUAAUAAAUUACAUUCAGGCUCUACAGAGCCAGGUCGAGUCUUAUAUUAUAUUGCAGUUCCUAUCACUGAAGCUUGAAGCAGUCACUACUAGCAUGAAUUCAGGUUUUGAGGUUGUCACGGUUAAAGAUUUUGGUGCACAGGGACAUGACACGGUUUCCAGUUUGACAUUCACUCCGCAUGACACUAGGGAAUAUGAGCAAAGUUCAGCCACAGAUUGGCUUCAUAUGCAGAUUGGUGCUGCAGUGGAGAGAGUGACAUAACAUUCUUCCGCCUAAGAUGAGUAAUGUGUCGGGAUCAAUAAAAUCCAUGGAUUCAGGUUAUUUAUCUGUAGUCAUGUAUAAGUACAUCAAUCUAUUUAAAUGUAUUUUGUAAGGUGAUGUCUCAAGGAGGAUCAUCAAUUACUAUUACAAUGGUCAUAAAUUUUUACUCUCUUAUUGGGUGAGAUAGCUGAUGGAAAAGUGACAUCUCUGUAAUAGUUUAACUAAUGGAUUAAUGUAUGCAAUCUCAAGUAUGUUCUAUCUAA